AUGAGGUUGGGAUGUAGCCUCUUGGUACUACAGAUUUGGACGGCCUGUGCGGUUGCAGGUCCAGUGCACGUUGCUACGGCUGCUACGGAAAGGCAUUUCGGAUCCAACCAGGUGAUUCGACAAGAGACGAAAGAUGCUGGGAGUUCCCAGCUGGUUGAACAGCACGACAACAUGACUUUGGCCAUGAACUUUUCAGGCGCCGGCAGCGCCAUUCCGCCGGCCAUGGUCGACCCGCGGCUCCAUGAGACACGGCAGAGCAAGCUGCUCUGCGCGGAGCUUCUGGGGGCCUUAGUGGUGGUGGCAUUGGCGCCUGUGCUCGUCUAUCAGGGAUGGUAUGCCUUCGUCUCCCUCUCGACGCUUCUGAUGUCCCUGACCCUGGUCCAAGUGGCCAUGAAGGCGGCGCUGCACAAUGGCCUGCCGUACCCGUAUACCUUGACGGCCCUGCACAUGUCACUGACGGUGCUCACCGCCUUGGCCACCGGCCCGCCGCGCUCGGGCGAGCUCGCUUUGGCCUUGCGGACGCUGCCGGCCUCCGUGGCCAGCGGCGCGGCGGUGUUGAUGCACAACGUGGCGCUGACGCAGGCGAGCGUGAGCUUCGUGACAAUGCUUGGGACCUGCACACCGGUGGUGACCUACUGUGUUGAGUUGUUCAUUGGACAUCGACAAGGCACCUGGAAGAGUGGGGUCCCAGUCUUGAUGGCGUGCGUUGGAGGUGCUCUCUGUGUCCGUGGCGAACGGAGCAGCUCCGUAGUGGCUCUGCUGCUGGUCCUCUGUGGAUGCGCCUCACGUAGCGCGGAGAUCUCGUCAUUUUCGGUGGGGAAAGGCUAA